UUUCCCUGUACGUACCAGUAGUUUUUGAAAAAAAAAAUAAAAAAAAUGGGGAACUUGCCUAAGCUUCCUCUCCAAGAAGUCAAACAAUAGCUAGAUCCAUGAGGGGAAGUUUCUAUGGAGUAGUUUUCAAACUUGACAAUUUCACAAUUUGACUAAAGAUUGAUUGGAUCUGGUCCACAAGGCAUGGCCUUCAUUAAGUACCUGCGAGCCCCCUGUUUUUCUCUCUAUCAAUCACCUAAAAUCAGCCCCAAACUCCUCAAAACUCCUCCUCCUCCGGUUUCAGAUAUGUAUAGUAUCUUUCUCUGUGGCAGCUGCUCUUUCCCUCACGAAGAAGAAGAAAAAGAAAAUAACAUAUCUGCUUCAUUACCGACAAAGAAAUCAAGAAAGGGUAGCAAGAACCCCUAUGCCACACGUGGGCUUGAUAAGUUCUCUGAACUUUUAACUGAUCUCGAUGAGAAAAGACAGAAGAUUUACACACAAAUGGGUGCUGAAGGUAUCUCUCUUGUGCGCUUUGUCUACUCCAACUCAAAUGAUUGUGUUCCAAUUGUGGUGAAGUUGAAUAAGGUCCGUAAGGGAGGCAAAGACAACAAACAUGUAAGCGUCACACAGACCAAUUCAAAAGCUGUGGAUGAGAUUGUUGAGGCCCCAGUUGCUUCGAAAGAAGAAGAGCAACCAAAAUUGGAAUUAUCAAAUGAAAAAACAGAGAACAAGAAGAAGAGCUUUUCAUGGAACGUGAAGUUGGAUAAAUGGAAGCGACCAUCUUAUUAUUUGCCAGUGAUUAUAAUCUUGAUCUUGUUGUCAUUAGCUGUGUAUGGUCGACCUUUUGCUGUAAUAUGCACCUCAAUCUUUUGGUAUGUAUUCCCUAUCUUAAAAGACAGCUCAAGUACAAAAAAUCCAGCACCAACGAAGAAGAAUUAUGUAAGAAGAUUCAGCGAGAAUUACAAGAGGGAGAAUGAGAAUAUGAAAGAUUAUAAGAAAACCUUUUCUGGGUCUCUGGAAACUACUUCACAAAUACAUCGCAUUCGACGCAAAUCCUUGUGAAGAGUGUACACUUUUUUUGUGUACUAGUGAUCAUGUUCAUUGAUGUAAAUUAGUUUUUUAUUAUUAUUUUUUUUUUUUGGGAGUGAAUCCAAUCAUUUUUUACACGCUCACAAAUGUACAUUUUUAUGAUUUAAGUUUUGAGU